AUGCAAGUCUUCAGAACUGUUAAAGUUUUCAAAGACCUCACGUGGGAGGCAACUUAUGCAGGACAUAAAGCAAACUUUUUGUCAUUUCUGAUGGCUUUACCGAACAAAAUUGCAUCUUUUCCUGACUUCAUGAAAAUUUUAAAGAUGGUUGAAUUUUGCAAAAUAUGUGAAGGAGUGAAAAAUCAAGCAUUUUCAGUACUGCAAACGAAUGUACAUAAUCUGUGUGGUGAAAGCAUUGGUAGAAUUCAGGAAGUGGUCGAGCAAGAUGAGAAGGGAAAUGAACAACAUUCCCUCAACAGGCGCUCAUUAACUUGUGAAUAUUUCAUAGACACUCCUUCAUCAGGAGCACUUUGCCGAAAUUGCAAUGUCUUGCGAAGAAACAUGAGUGUUAAACUGGUUCGCUUCAAUAACAUUCUGCAGGAAGAAUCAGAAAGGUUGGCUGAACCUAGCAAGAGCAAAGUGAACAAACGAUUCCUUUCAAAUGAAGAGAUCUCUGAAAGGGAGAAUGACCAAAAGAGAAGAAGGAUAACUGCUGAGAAAAGAGUGAAAUAUUGGAAAUUUAAGGCUGCAGAAGAAAAGAAAAUGAAGCACAUGGCUGUGGAUGAUGGCAAUGACCUUAUGGUGAUGUUUAAGGAGCUGGAUAAAGUGGAUGAGAAAAACCCUGAUAAAGAAAUGUUCCCAGAUGAUCCCAAAUUAUCACUGUUCUGGGAAAUGCAACGUGAUGUAAUAUCCAAAAAAUCAAAGAAAAGGGCUAUAAGAUGGCAUCCACUGUAAGUACUUUAGUGAGUAACUUACUCUAGGGGUGCACUUUAUUCCAGUCAGUCAUGGUAAUAUUAGAUGCACAAUGAACAACUACACCUGCCAGGUAUUAAUUGUCAGAUAGUGAUAUUAUGACCAUCUGGUUGGAUAUAAUAUCUGCUGCACCCUGGUAUAUUUAAACAGUCGUGUAUUUUAUCUGUUUCUAUAGCUCCCAGGUGUUUUUAUAUCUACUACAUGUAUGCCCAUAUAUAGACCCAAAUGUAGUCUGCAUGGCAGCUUCCCAUGGGAUAGGCAAUCAUGGUAGGCACAUUGCCGUGCCUGUGGGGGCCUGCCACACAGACUAACGUAUUGUAGACAUUAAUUUAUUCUACCUAUAAUAUCAACAUGAACUAACAAUUAUAGUGCAGUAUGUUCACUUGGAGACCGAAACUUAUAAAAUCACUUUUCUUUUUGUACCAAUUAUUUUUCAUUAUAGUAUCAUCAAAACAUGCUUGGCUCUAUGGCACCGCUCUAAACAGGCAUAUGAAAUUCUGCAGGAUUCAGGCUUCAUAAAGCUGCCUUCAACAAGACUGCUUCAAUAUCACAAAGGCAAGAUCAAACAGGUUGGUUGGACACAAUUUUAAUUACAUAUCCAUAUUAGACUAUAUCUAAAAACUGUAGAUUGUUCCACUGUAUAUUUUUCUAAAUUCAUAAACUUAAGAAUGUUGUUAAUUUUUCCACCAGAUAGUGUUGGAACUUCUAGUGAAAUUGUCGAACACAAUUUAUUGCUGUAUCAAAGUACAGUCACAGUAUAAGCUAUCUGAUAAUGUACAGUGUUUAAUUUGCUAAUUGUCAUGAAUGUCACUUUAAUUAUUUUGCAGAAACCAGGCAGAAACAUUGAAAUGUUGAAACAUAUGAAGUCAUUGGCAGAAACACAAGAUGUAUCUCCAGCAGGUUGCUGUGGAUACAUCACAUUUGAUGAAAUGUCCAUUCAGGUAAUUAUACAUUACUGUACUCUUAAUACCAAUAGGAAAAUUCAUCAGGCAAUCAUUUUAUUUAUCGAAAAUUGGCAGGCACUGCAUGCACAAGUAAAAUGCCUAGUUUUUAUGUAAAGUUUUUGAAAUAGAACACAAAUUUUUGCUAGCACGAAAAUAUUAUAGAGGCCUGAACUUUUGUCUGUCACUUUAGAUUUCACUAUACACUUUAUUUUAACACAAUAUAGUACAUCCCCAAUAUAAAAAUGUAUUAAAAUAUAUACAUUAAUAUGGACAGGUCUGGUACUGUACAUAACUAAUGACCCAGAUUGAAUUCCCAGAUAGCAAGCUGAACAAUUAUUGAGUGUUAAUUAGCUUUGUGAUUUUAUAUAUCAGUUCUGCAGUGAGAUUGAUACAUGCAGUUAAUUUGUUUUAAAGGAUGAUGUGCAACUCAGAAGAAAGGGUGAGUCAUUCGAAAUUGUUGGCGUGGUUAACCUUGGUGAUCUAUAUGAAGACAUGAAAGUAUUACAAACAGGUAUUACAACGAGUGUACAUUUUCAAGACAUUGUAGGUGAUCAUAAUUUGAAGUGGUGGGAGCAAUAAUUUGUUAAAAAAUAAUUAAGAGGCUAAAUUAAUUCAAAAAAAAUAUUUAGUCUACCAAUUAUUGGUGGAAAUUUGGCUGCAAUUUUGGUCAUUAUUGGUAUUGUAUCUACACCAAUUUGACCAUAUAGUAACCUCAUACAUGUGAAAACAAUAUGCUGAUAUAAUUACUCUAAGCAAAUAUUUCAAAAUACCAAUUAAUGUUCAAUGUAGUGAGAAAGAAUUCUAUAUAGGGAUAUACAAAAUACUGGCAUCCAGUACUAUCAGGUACUUGGUUAAAAAUGUCUAAAUUUUUAGUAUUCCACCAUAAAUAUCCGGUUUUCUUGAAUCCCUGAGUGACUGAUAUCCAAUGGAAUACUAUCUGGUAUCAUCUAGUAAAGCAGUAUCUGACAUAUCCUUAUAUUUCUAACAAUUCUUAUACUACCUCUCUCCACAGGCAAGGAUGAGGUAGUUAUAGCAACACACCUCCUCCAGUUUAUGUUCAUUGGUUCAACUGGCUUUAAAUUUCCUGUUUGCUAUUUCCCAACAAUUGAAGUUGAUCCUACCACCCUAUACCAUCAGUUCUGGAAUGCUGUUUAUGAUUUGGCGGAAUUUGGUUUUAAAGUUUUACUUGCGAUAUGUGAUGGUGCACAAGCAAAUCGUACAUUUAUUCAAUGUCACUUUGACGAUGAUGCGGGCAAAGAAAACUUUACGACCACAAACAUAUAUACUGGGGAACCACUGGUGUUUAUGGUAGACCCUUCGGUAAGUAUUGUCAUUCAUUCACAUUAGGGUAUAAUAUAAACAAGCAUCACCAUGUUUGUUGGUAUAUCUUCACCUACCGACAGUGGUAGGUAGUGCAGCAUUAUACCAAUAUCCUACGUAUUGUUUUGCCUUAAAAUGUUUCCUCUGGCCAAUUGGUUGAUACAAAUUCUAUCGGCACUCAAUUUUACCACUUUUGUGAUUGUACAGUAUGUGUAAGUUAUGCUACCUACAUGUAGAUCUGUGGAGCUAAAUAGGAUAUUAGUGCAAUCUUAGUACACUACAGUAUGUACAGUAUAUUGUCAUAAAGUAAUUUAUCAAUUUUUGUUUUAAUUUUAGCACAAUUUCAAAAAGGUGAGAAACAACUUACUAAAAAGUACAACCAAUGGGAAAAGUCCUAGGCAUUUCAAACUCGAUGGUAAAGAGAUUCUUUGGUCCCACCUGAAGGAAGCCUACAUGUACGAUGUCGAGUACAACCCAAUCCAGACAUUCAAGUACCUUACCCCACAGCAUUUUGAGCCUGGCAGUGCUGACAAAAUGCGCAACUAUCUUGCCGACGAUGUGCUGGGAAAGCGAAUGGUAGAGGUUGUACAGGUAUGAUAAAAUCUUGAUUUGUUUGUACAUUUAUAGCAUACCAAUCUUGGGGAACAACUAAUGCAACCUGACUUGUCAUUAAAAUAUAUUUCUCAUUACAUCUAGAACUAUCAAGUCCACUUGUUGAAGAAAGGAGACCACACUGAUGUCCUAGAGAAGACUGUUGAACUUCUCAAAGUUACAAGUGUUUUGCUGAAGAACUUCAAAAACAAAAAACCAUAUAGGUAAGCUAACAUACAGUAACAUGUAUUUACGUUAUUAUGAAUGGUGUGGCCGAAUUUAGAGUUGAUUUUAUCCAGAAAGAGAUGUGUGAAGGGAUUCUUUAACAAGGAUCACUUCUGUCAUUCGUCUCCAUUCUACAAAUAUUCUAACUGUUACAUAUGCGAACAUAAAACUAACGAUUUAGUUCAAUAUCCAUUAUCCAAUGCAAGUCCUGUCUAGUGUCUUCAUCAGGGGUGAUCUGAAUGUUGAAACAAGUUCCCUUUUAUGCUCCACACUGUAACAUCAGCGAUGAAAUCAUCGGUUAACCAAAUGCAUGUAGGCUUCUGCUAGAUCACUUUCCCAUCAGUUUAAUGGAUCAUUAGCUUUUACAAUAAGCCAAAGCUUCCAGACAAUGUCUUUGAUGGAAUCUCUAAUUUGUAAUGAUUUAUUAAUUAUCCCUUGCAGGUCAAGCGAAGAUGCUAGAUUUGUUGAAAACAAACAAUGUCUUCAAUGGUUUGAACGGUGGGAGACCCAGGCAAUGAGUACAGAUGGCAUAUCACUGAAAGAGAAGGGGAAAAUGUUCAUGUCUUACAAAACGAUGUUUGAUGUUUAUUCCAUGAUUGUUGGUUUUGAAGUUUACUGCAACAUUCUAUUCAAAAUGUACCCUGGGUCAAGUGUUUCUGCAUGUUACACUAACCAAGAUAAACUGGAGAAUUUCUUUGGGGAACAGAGGGCACACAAUGGACAAACUACAAAUCCAACAAUUAUGCAAACUGGUAAGUAAUGUGCAUAACAUUUUCAGUAUAUCCACAAUGCAAUGACAGAUACUUGUAUGUUCCAGACUUGAAAUACAAAAUUGUAGCUUGUAUGUUUCUAUACUCUUUCCAUAAUUUCAUGCUAACGAGAAAUUACCUUACAAACAAAAACUUUGUGUUGAAUAUAUUUAAAAGAAUAUAUGAUAUCAUGAUUUUUCUGUGUUGGUGUAAUGUACUCAGGUGAAUAUGAUGCUUGUGAUGUUACUCUGAGUGUAUAUCCACACCGGGCAAGCUUGAAAAAUAUGCCUGACCACGGUGGGAAUCGAACCUACGACCUUUGGAAUACUAGCCCAAUGCUCUGCCAACUGAACUACGCGGUCUGGUCGGUCAUUAUUAGAUAAUAUUGAUAUCGAAGGAACUAGAUUCUGUUCCGAAAUAUCACAUACUCGAACCGACCAGACCGCGUAGCUCAGUUGGCAGAGCAUUGGGCUAGUAUUCCAAAGGUCGUAGGUUCGAUUCCCACUGUGGUCAGGCAUAUUUUUCAAGCUUGCCCGGUGUGGAUAUACACUCAGAGUAACAUCACAAGCAUAAUAUAUGAUAUAUUUUUUAUUUUUAGAAAAUUCAACACUUGGAAUAAUACAAAUGCAGGAAUACAAGCGAUCUAAAGGAAAUUGUACAGUCAACAGAACUUAG